UCCCCGGCCCCCCCCCCGAUGGGGGCAGCAGCUCGGUGACGCCCCUGGGGCAAGAGCCGUGUCCCCACGGCACGGGGACAUCGUGGGGAUGCGCAGCAGCACCAGCCCCGUGCUCCCACCCGUGCUCCUACCCGUGGUGCCGCUGCGGGACCUGGCACCGGCACCUCGCCUGCAGCUCUGACGCCGGGGGCGGAUUUGGGCAAAGCUCGAGCAGGAUCAGGGCUAGGGGAAAAAACGGCCUUCGUGUAGGACUCGACGGCUGGGGAGCACGUCGGGCAUCCUCAGCUUGCCACCACCAGCGUGGCUCUGCGGGGGGGACCACACUUCUGGUCUCCGCUCCCCAAAAAUGGGGCUGCAGCAGCCCCUGCUCGUGGGCAGCACCAGGCAGCGGCGAGCAUUUGGGGCGUGCUGGGACGCACCGGGAGGAGGCGAGAGGGGAAGGAGGGUGCGAGGAGAUGGUCCAGCACGGGACGUCUCCGUGCCCGGUGCCAGCAGAGAGGGGAAACCCCCCCGGGAGGUGCUGAGGCAAGGCACCACCACGGCAGGGGGUCAGGCAGGGGCUACGGGUGGCCAGGAGCCGGGCAGACGGACGGAUGGACGGACAGACAGCUGCCACCACGGGCUCCGCUCGCACGGGCUGGCAGGGGCAGGGUUAAGGGGACGGCUGUGACGCCUGCAGGCUUUUUCAGCCUCUUUUCCGCAGAGCCUGCUGGUGGUCACGUUUUGCUGCGUUUCAGGUGUUCUGAGGGGGUUCUUUCCCGCUGGGGAUGAUCCCUGCCGGCAGCAGGCUGCUGUGCCAUCCCGGUGCCACCAUCCCACGGCUGCUCGGUGGUCCCAGGGGAUCCCAGGCUGGUUUUGGGGGGCUCAAGGGGGUUGCAGUGCCCCUCGUCCCCAGCCGGCUCCCGCGUGGCAUGGUGCUGGCAGAGCCCGCGCCUCCAGCUGGCUCGGGGCCGAGCCGAGCCAGAUUUAGUUUCCUGUGACGGAGAGGUUGUAAAUUGAACUAAUUUAGGAUUUGAUAGGAAACCGAAAGGAGGUCGGCGGCAGGCGCGGGGGAGGCUCAACACCCCGCGUGCCUCCAGGUCCCGGCCGUGGGGCCGGAUCCGUCCCAGCUCUCCACUCCCCUCCCUCUCUCUCUCUCUUUCUCUCACCUCUCACUCUUUCUUCACCUCUUUUUUCUUUUUUUUUUUAUUCUCUUUAAUUUCUUCUCCCCCUCUCUGUUCCCCCACUGCUGCGAUGCACGACGGCACAGCUUCGCCCCACAGUUGCAGCCAUCGCCCGGCCAGCCCCAGGGCAGCGCAGGGACCGGGGUCGUGGUUGGGGGGGCUGCUGCUGAAGGCGACUCUCCUGUGCCGGGGGCUCCCCGUGCACCGAGGACCCCCAGAGGGCUUUUGCCAGGCUGGCUGGGCUGCACACCCCUUGUUCUGGCGGGCUGGGCAGCUGCUGCAAACACCCGCUGUCAGCGCUGCGUCUCCCUCGAGCCGCUCUGCACGCCCGCGGUGCCUCCAGGCGCGCACCCGGCCACACGUUUUGUCCCUGUCCCCAGUCCCUGUCCCGCCACUGGCACAAGCCAUGAGCUCUGCAGGCUCCGUGGGCAUCGCAGGGCUGUGCUGGCUGCGCCCCGUGUGCCUGCAGCCCCGGCUGCGUGGGCACUGAUGGGCACCCCGUGGUUUUGCCUGCUCGUCCCCCCCUCACCGGGGGGGCAAAGCCCAUCCGUGUUCCCCUGGCGCUGCGUCCCCAUCGCCCCCCUGCUGCCUGGCUUGGCCCUGGGGACACCUCGGCUCGCUGUCCUGGGGCUCGGUCCCCAGUGCUGCGGGGACCGCAGCCGGCACGGUGCUUUGGGGACGGCGAGGCUGUGAGACCCCGCAGCGGCACUGGGCUGGGUGCUGGGCUGGGAGGGACGGGGACGGGGCUGGCUGGCUGGCAGCACGUGAGCGGGCGGCACGCGGGGCACCGAGGGAUUCGCCUUCACGCAGCAGCCUAAUUAGCUCGCAGACGAGGUCGGUCGGCCGGCAGGCUGGGAAGGCGCCGCGGCAGCAGGAGGGCACCCAGCCCCUCGCCGCCGGCGCCCGGGAGGCAGCAGCGGGGCGGCCGGCGAGAUGGCAGCAGCGCGGGAGCCCGGUGCUGCUGGGGAGGCCGUGCCGCGGCCGGGAGGCAGAGGAACCGCUCGCUGCAGCCGCUGGCCCCUGCCGGAGCGCUCCCUGCGCUGGGGCAUCUUCUCUCUAACUCUCUUCUUUUCCUUCCUCCAAUUUUGCCCCUUCACCUUCUUCUCCUUUCUCUCCUCUCCUCUGCCCUUCCUCUCCCUAAGUUUCGAGGACUCCACCUUGUCCACAGCCACUACCCUUGAGUAUAUCCCCACCUCAGCAGGCGACCCCAAAUGCCAGAGGCCCCGCACGCUCAUGCGCCAGCAAAGUCUGCAGCAGCCCCUCAGCCAGCACCAGCGAGGCAACCACAGCCAGCCCACCACCAGCCAGAGCCUGGGCCACCUCCAGGCCCACAGCGGCUCCUCCGCUGCCGGCAACCCCCGGGGCUCCCGCGGCGGCCAGGGGCGCCAGGGCAUCGCCGCCGGCUCCAAGCAUCGGACAGCUGGUGGCCGCAGCCGCUCCAACCCCGGCAGCUGGGACCACGUGGUGGGGCAAAUCCGCAACCGCGGCUUGGACAUGAAGUCCUUCCUGUUGCCAGCCGGCGGCAAGGCGGUGAACACCGCACCCGUGGCCGGGCAGACGCAGAACGACGAGUCCGACCGCAAGACGGAGCCGCGCUCCUCUGUCUCCGACCUGGUGAACUCCCUGACCAGCGAGAUGCUCAUGCUCUCACCGGGCUCCGAGGACGACGAGGGCCACGAUGGCUCCAGCCGGGAGAACCUGGGCCGCAUCCAGUUCAGCGUCGGCUACAACUUCCAGGAGUCCACCCUGACCGUCAAGAUCAUGAAGGCCCAGGAGCUGCCGGCCAAGGACUUCAGCGGCACCAGCGACCCCUUCGUCAAGAUCUACCUGCUCCCCGACAAGAAGCACAAGCUGGAGACCAAGGUGAAGAGGAAGAACCUGAACCCGCACUGGAACGAGACCUUCCUCUUCGAAGGGUUCCCCUAUGAGAAGGUGGUGCAGCGGGUGCUGUACCUCCAGGUCCUGGACUACGACCGCUUCAGCCGCAACGACCCCAUCGGGGAGGUGUCCAUCCCCCUCAACAAGGUGGACCUCACCCAGAUGCAGACCUUCUGGAAGGACCUGAAGCCGUGCAGCGACGGCAGCGGAAGCCGCGGGGAGCUGCUGCUGUCGCUGUGCUACAACCCCUCCGCCAACUCCAUCGUGGUGAACAUCAUCAAGGCGCGGAACCUCAAAGCCAUGGACAUCGGGGGCACGUCAGACCCCUACGUGAAGGUGUGGCUGAUGUACAAGGACAAGCGGGUGGAGAAGAAGAAGACGGUGGUGAUGAAGCGGUGCCUGAACCCCGUCUUCAACGAGUCCUUCUCCUUCGACAUCCCCACGGAGCGGCUGCGCGAGACCACCAUCGUCAUCACCGUCAUGGACAAGGACAGGCUGAGCCGCAACGAUGUCAUUGGCAAGAUCUACCUGUCCUGGAAGAGUGGCCCCGGCGAGGUGAAGCACUGGAAGGACAUGAUCGCCCGGCCCCGGCAGGCGGUGGCACAGUGGCACCAGCUGAAAGCCUGAGAGCCCCCUCCCCGCCCCCCAGCCCCGGCCCUGGGGCAGGACAGGGGUGGGACGGCGGUGGAGGGUGGGGGACGGAUGGACAGAUGGACGGAGCGCCCCCGUCCCCAUCCCCAGCGCCGGGCAGGUCUCCUGCGAGUGCUUCCAGCCACCGUCCCCAGGGCCCCUGCCGCCCCCCCCUCCAGUGUCACCCCACAUUUUGGGAGGCUGCCGGUGCGAGAGGGGGUCCCGCUUCCCCCCCUUUCAGCCCAGUCAGACCUCUCCCAGCGUCACCCCAGCGCAGGAGCCACACACGUCCUGCCCGGGGACACCCCCGCCCCCCGCCCCAUCCCAUUCCCACCCCCCCAGCCCCGGGGGCACCCAAGGGAUCGGAAGCCAUGCCGCAGUUCGUUAGCCAAAGCGGGCACAUCUGGCGCUGCCUCCAGCGGGGUUUGCUGCUUUACCUCCCUCCCGGCACGUCCCCCGUGCUCCUGGUGCCACCGCGCCCCCCCCGCGGUGGCACCCAGGGGUGCUGCACCCUGGCUGUCUCCUCACGGGGUGGCCCGGGGCCCGCGCGAGCGCCCAGCGGGGGGGGUCCUGCGUGAGGAUGGAGCGGGUGCCACCGUCCCCACGCCGUGCACAGCGGUGUCCUUGUCCCCACUGUUGGCUGCAGGGGGCUGGCACCCAGCGGCAGCGUCCCCAAGGUGCCCGCACCGCCCCGUUGGCGCCCCGCUGUCACCACGGUGGGUGUCCCCCACGUGCCACAGUCCGGUGGCGUUGGAGGCAGCAGGAUGGCAGCAGCGCUGGCUGUGAGACGUCCCCAGCAGGUGACACCGCUCGGUGUCCCUCCCCAGGGCUCCCUGCUCCACCAGGGGUGCACUCGGGGUGUCCCCGUGCCAGGGCCCCCGGCCAAGCCCUCCCGCAGCGGGGCUGCUGCCACCUCCGCAGCCAUCUCAGGUAGGGCACGGCCACCCCCUGCCCACCGCAGGGGACACCAAAGGGGCCGGGCUCUGCACCCCAGUCUUCCUGUGGCCACCACAGUGUCCCCCAGCACGUGCCAAGGACACCGUGUCCCCCCCCCCCCCAUGGGGACCAGCCUGAGAGCGGGGUGCCACCCGCCCAGAGCACCACGGGCUGCGAGCAUCGUCCCUGCGUCACAGCGUCCCCCUGGGCACCCUGGGGUGCCCCGCAGCUGGGACACCCCCUCGAGCAUCAGUGCCAUCCUUUCGGGCUGAGCCCCAGCCACCGGGGUCAAUUCAUUGCGUGGGGGACCCUGCGCCAGACAUCCCAAAAAAAAACAAGGAGCAGCCAUCAAGGGGAUGCUGCCCCUCAUGGGUGUCCCCCCCCCCCGGCUGCCUGCCCUCCUUGCCACAGGGGACUCGCUGCUGGGGGACAAGUGGCCCUGGGGACACGGUGGCACCGUCCCUGUCCUGCCGCCAGCAAGUGUCCGGCAGCCACCGGAGACCCCCCCUCCUCCCCCCCGUUAGACCAUUUCGGACAAUCUGGAGAGAAGUCAUAAUUCUGCUACUACAGUAAUAAUAAUGCUUUUAGGGACAUUUGUAUUUUUACCACAUUUCUCUCUUUUUUUAACAUAACAGAGGAGAUGGACGCACCUGGGGAAGGGGCUGCAGCUGGGCUCGCGCACAAAGCCAGGGGGUGGCAGGGCCCCCAGUGCCAGGCACUGCGUCGGGCUGUGCCGGGGUCCCCCAAAAGCGGGGUGUGAGGGCAGGGGUGCCCGUCCCCCCCCUGCCCCCCCCUGCUCCUCGGGGAAGGGUGGGCUCCCCGGGGCCGUGUGUUCAUUUUUAACUCUAGAGCUCUUAGCCGUUAUCUUGUUCAGGUAUCUCUCUUCUUCAUGUGACGGUAACAUCCAACUGGUGUGUAAAAUAGAGAAAAAAAUGAAAAAAAAAAAUGAAAAAAAAUGAAAAAAGAAAAAAAAAAAAGAUAAAGCCCAGAGCGGCCGUGAGCGGGUGUGCUGUGGAUGGGGCGCACUGGGUGAUCCCAGGAGGUGGGGGCAGACGGGGGGCACGGCCCCGGCGGAGGCAGGGGCGCCUCUUUGCAGAAUCCUAUUUUUGGGGAGCGGGGCCCCUCGUUUUCUGGAGGCAGCCCCUGCUCUCAGUAAUAAAGGACAGUCAGAACUGCCA